AUGUCCUCCUUCUUCUCCUUCUCCUCGUCGGCAGACCAGCCCGCCAAGGGCGAGACCAUCACCCCAGACGUCACCUCCGGUCAUCUCACCCAUCUCACAGACGACCAACAGGCCGCCUUCGCCACUUUCAAAACCGUCCUCGCCAAGGCACAGCUCUACACUCCUCCCAGCGACCCGCACAGGCCACGCCCCAGUCACGAUGACCCAACCUUACUGCGGUUUCUGCGUGCACGUCGCUUCGAUCCACAGAAGGCGAUGAAACAGUUUGCCGACUCCGAGGCCUGGCGUGCGAAGAACAACGUCGAAACCCUCUACGCAACCUUUCCCGUAGAUGAGUUCGAGACCGCCCGUCGGUACUACCCUCGUUGGACAGGUCGUCGAGACAAGAAUGGCCUGCCUCUCUACGUCUACCGCAUUGGCUCCCUCACCUCUUCCCUACAGAAGGAACUCAACGCGGUGCCCCCCGAGCGUCGCUACCAGCGCAUCAUCGCGCUUUACGAGACCAUGACGGGCUUUGUGCUCCCCCUGUGCAGCCACUUGCCUCGCCGCAUCGAGCCCACUCCAGUCACGUCCGUCACGACCAUCAUCGACUUCACCGACGUCUCCCUGCCCCUCCUCUGGUCCCUCCGGUCACACCUUCAAGAGGCGUCGACGCUCGCCACGGCCAACUACCCGGAGACGCUGAGCACGAUCGUCGUCGUGAACACUCCCUCCUUCUUCCCCACCGUCUGGGGAUGGGUUAAGCCGUGGUUCGACGAGGGCACUCGUCGCAAGGUCCAUAUCCUCGGCAAGGACGCCGGGCCCGCUCUAUGUACUUUGAUUGAUCCCAAAGACCUCCCGAAGACAUAUGGUGGAGAGUUGGACUGGAAAUUUGAGGAUCAGCCUUCACUCGAUGACGCUACCAAGGAGCUUAUAGGCGAGAUGCCCAAAGGUCCUGUUGUGUUCGAAGACGGCAAGGUUGUGCGCCCCAGCCCCCCCUCCGAGCCGCCGACAGCAAAUGGCGAUGUACCACCCUCCUAG